AUGGACAGGAUAAUACGACAGCGAGAGAGUACAAACAGAAGCGUUCCUCACUUGUGUGGGCUAGGUGCCACAAAGCGGCGGUGGCACGGCGCGCAGCAGCUGCAGCAGCUCAAGCACCUGGAGUCCUUUUAUGAAAAACCUCCUCCUGGGCUUAUCAAGGAAGAUGAGGCUAAGCCAGAAGAUUGCAUACCAGGUGUACCAGGCUAUGAACAUGCCAGGGAAUUUCUGGCUCAUGCGCCAACUAAAGGACUUUGGAUGCCACUGGGGAAAGAAGUCAGAGUUAUGCAGUGUUGACAUUGCAAACGGUAUGGUCACCAAACAGGCUACAAAGAAUGCCCUUUCUUUAUCAAAGACAACCAAAAGUUAGAACAGUUCAGAGUAGCACAUGAGGAUUUCAUGUAUGACAUCAUACAAGACAAUAAACAAUAUGAAAAGGAUGUAAGGAUACAGCAGUUAAAACAGUUACUGGAGGAUUCUACCUCAGAUGAAGAUGGGAGCAGCUCCAGUUCCUCUGAAGGUAAAGAGAAACACAAGCAAAAGAAGAGGAAAGAAAAGCAUAAGAAAAGGAAGAAAGAAAAGAAAAAGAAGAAAAAACGGAAGCACAAAUCUUCCAAGUCAAAUGAGAGUUCCGACUCAGAGUGACAAGGAUGUGACUUGUUCAACGUUCUCUUCUCAAGAAUCAAACACUGUGGCCAAGGAACAGAGGAAGAUGCAGUCAGAGAAAGUAGUAGGAUAGAGACACUGAGACAGGAGGAUACGUGGGUCACAGCAGUGAGCUCCCACCCGCCUUCCAGUGAAGAUGUGACCCCCGGAGAGGGAGUGUCUCCUUCCAGGUGCUAGCUCUGGACAGCCGCUGAUUUUAGGACAGUUUCUUCGGUGUUGUCCUCCCUGCUGGUCCUAUGAGUUUACGAUUCCUUUGAAAUACCUCCCAUAGGGUGGCAGGACUGGGAGAAUCUUUGAGGCAUUUCUUCCAGGCCCUCCCACAGCUUGUGCCCUCCAUAGUGUGGAAUUGAACACCUGGCCUCAUGUGAUCCUUCCACCUUGGCCUCCCAAAGCAUUGGGAUAACAGGUGAGAGCCACUGCUUGGCUAAAAGUGUACAUUUAUAUUCAUCUGACAUGAUUUAUUGAUUUGGGGGCUAAGGAGUUCUUAAAAUAACAAUAAAAAAUCUUGUCUGGCU